AUGGAGGAAGACGAGAAUUGUGCCUCCUGUGCACAAAGUCCAGGUAAUGUUGGGCAUUUAGUGGCUUCAGCCAGUACUCAGGUUUCGGAAAUUUCGUGGGGCUCAUGUUUGUGCCACUGUGUGAAGAUCGAAGGAAGCGAAAAGGAGGAGAAAGUAAAUUUCACGAACACCAGCUGGUCUCGAGUGGUAUCUGCUGCCAAAAUUCGCCAGGACGGCACAUGGGCCUUUCUCUGCCAGGAGCAGUGUAGCACGGAUGAGAGCACCCCGCGUGGCUGGUACCAUAGGCGCUGCUAUGCAGCCUACACCCACAAGAAGACUCUGAGUCGUUUUGAGGGAGAGGAGAGUGGUGGCCUUGCCAGCAAUGUUGACGCAGAGGAGGUGGGUGACGCAGAUGCCUGUGAGGAUGAACCUCCCAAGAAGCGUGUUAUGACACGAAGCAAAGUGACAACCAUCGACAUCACUCUCACGGUGGCAGCACUGGAGGCAAAGAAGACGACGGCAGUUGCAGACGACAAUGUGUACGAUAGAGCCUUUGAGUGGCUGGCUGUAUGCAUGGAGAAGGAGCUCUUCAGUGAGACAGAAAUACGAGCGAUGCGUAUGGACAGCCUGACGUCCAAGUACAGCGCCAAGCUGGCAGAGCUCGGAGCUGCAAGUCAAUACCGACGAUGGCUGCUGAAGAAGCGCCUGUUGGAGCAUUUUGGAAAACGCAUCAACUUCGUCCGUCCUGGUCCAUUGUCACCCGAGAGCGUUGUAAGCAGCUCCUUGACAGAAUCACAACUGCUACAAGUAGUUGGUGCAGCCGUAGCCAAGGCUGAGGCAGCCCAGCAGUGCGCCGACGAAUAUGCUGGAGAUGAUAUGGCGGAUGAAGAUGCACCUCCAGCUAUUGAUAGCAGCUGCAAGGUACAUGCCUUCCACACAGCCAUGGCUCUGAACAACGCCAUCCGUGAUCAGCAGCCCACAAUACCCACCAUGCCACAUGCCAGUGAUAUCGUAAAUGAGAAUGCGCCAGUGCCAGACAUCCUCUACAAUGUGCUUGCCAUGACCAUUGUCGGCCCUGAGAAGUGUGACAUUGGUGACCUGACGGACUCCCGUGUCCAUGUCCCUGCCGACAUCCAUUGCAAGAUUUUGGCAAUUGCUGAGGAUAUUGUGUAUGCUGCAACUCGUGGAUCUAUUCUGACACCAAAGCACGUAGCUUUGGCGCUUACUGUCCACCACCACACGAGGAGCAAGCACAUGGUGGAUCUUCUCAACCAGUUCGGCCAUGGCAUAUCGUAUUCAAAGCUGCGAGAAGUAGAAACCGGGUAUUCUCUCGAAGUAGCAGGAAGUUCCGCAGCCAGCAGUGUUGUAGUGAUCAGUGCAUUGAACAGACCAUCAACCGGAACUGUUCACCGCUGGGUGCUCACAGCUCACGAGCGAGCGGCUGUUGCAAGUGCAUGUAACGACCUCGUCAAAGCGGAGGACUAUGAUGGCACAGCACGUCCACACAAGGACAACACAGACAGCAGAAUGAAACGGGAUCAAAGCGACUAUGGGAAGCUCGAAAAGCGGUUGGCAGAGUUCAGCCAUCCGUUCCUUGGUGAAGAUUUGAUCAGCCUCUCCAGUGGGAAAGUCUGUUCUGCUCAAGCAACCUCCGAUCUCCUAUCCAGUCACACGCAGGGAAAGAGUGCAAUGAGCAAGUUCGUGGCAGACCGCUUGGAGAGUCAGGCAGUUGAUUUCUUCACACCGAUAUCACGGCUGAACCUGAAGACGUUCUCGGAAACCAAAUCUGCAGCAAAGAAGUCUUCCAAGACAACAGCGAUCGUGGCAGAUAGGAGCUUAUUCGGCCGGCUACUAGUUAUGGCUCAAUCAAGGUCAUUCGACUUGAAGGAACUCUUCCAGCAUGAGCUUGGACCAGUCCCAUGGGCCCUGGCCAACGCAGACGGAUCCCUUGUGAAGACUCCAAAGAGUAAGCUGCUGCUUGCUCUUGAGAAGAAAGUUGACCCACUGGAGUCAGUUCCGCGUGGUCCUGCCGUUAUGGUCGACGCGAUGGCAUUACUGCAGAGCUACACAUCUGCGCCACCGACAUUCGGACAGCUCAGCGAACAAGUCUUCAAGCAGCUAGUCUCCUACCUUCCAGCUACACCUCCAGCACGAGUUGACUUCGUAGCAGAUCAAUACCACACUGCGUCGAUUAAGUCGUGCGAGCGCUCAAAGCGAACGGCCUCAACUGAGCCCCUGCGAGUGGCAGUACAACGUCCAGACCAGGCUAUUCCUACUCAGUGGAAGCGGUUCAUGGCAAGCGGAGCGAAUAAGACCGGCCUAAUCCAGUUCUUCGCUGACCAUUGGAGUUCUACACCGGAGCUCAAGGCAACAUUGGGUGUCAGUCGCAGUGUAUUCAUAACCGUGGGACAGCAGUGCUACGUGUUGCAAGAAGAAGAAGGGAAAUCGACACUUUCACGGCACCAGGUGUCCAGGUUGACCAGCAAUCAUGAGGAAGCAGACACCCGGCUGAUCCUUCAUGCCGCUGAUGCUGUGCAGCAAGGAUUCCCAGAUGUUGUCAUUCGGUCGCCAGACACGGAUGUAGCCGUGAUUGCCAUUGGCUCCGCUAGCAGCAUUCCCGGUCGGCUCAUAUUCCAGACUGGCACGCAGCAACGGAGGCGGUUCAUCGACCUUACCCAGCUGUCACAGAAGCUGGGCCCCCUGGUUUCGUCUGCAAUUGUUGGACUGCAUGCUCUUACUGGGUGUGACAGUGUCAGUUCCUUUUCUGGGAAGGGAAAGACUGCUCCGCUGAAGCUGCUCCUGUCAAGCACGCGAAUGGCAGAGGCACUGGCGACACUGGGUGUCAAUGCUACAUCGGAUGACCAGCUGCUUUCUGAAUGUGAGUGGUUUGCGUGUGCCUUGUAUGGCAAUCCUGGCCAGCAAGACAUCAACAGCCUGCGCUACCAAAAGUUCUGUGCGGCCACAUCCUGUGCUCCGCACAAACUACCGCCCUCACGCGACGCUCUCCAUCAACAUGUGGCCAGGGCUAACUACCAGGCCCACAUUUGGCGGAGCGCCACCACUGCGAUGCCAGAAGUACCGAGUCCAGUGGGCCAUGGCUGGCAGUCGGAGACUGACGGCACGCUUUCCAUCUCCUGGAUGCUGCAGCGCGUCGCUCCUGCUGACAUACUAAAACUGGUGAGCUGUGGGUGCAAGACAAGGCACUGCGUAAGUCAGCACUGUUCGUGCAAGAAGGCGUCCUUGGCUUGCACGGACAUCUGCUCGUGCUGCUCAUGCGCCAAUCCGUUUGGGGCCGUACUCGAACAGAACGACAGCUCCGGUGCCGCAGAUGUGGGAACAACUGCAUGUGAAGGCGACCAAAACAGUGAGAGCGAGGAAAGUACUGGUGCUGACGACUUUGAAGAGUCUGACUCCAGCUCAGAUUCUGAUGAGGAUCCAGAUCAGGAGUUUGACGACUCGCUGUAGACACUGGCAACUGCACCGUCCUCCCCUGGUCCAAGCCACCCAUUGUGUUUGUGAAUUAUGGCUAUGGCUGUCAACACACCUAACCUGUUCAAACAUUGUAUAUAAACUGCUUGUACAUAGCUUGGCUUCUAAAGUGAUGACGCUAUCAUCCUACAUUUUAUUCCAAUGUACAUAUUAAACUGGGCAUAUUGUCCAUGAAUUGCACAGCACUGGACAU